UGGUGGUCGAACAGUCGGAACGGAGACAAAUUAGGACAGCCAACACAUAAAGUGCUGCGUGGGCCCUCUACCGAUCAUUACCCGAAAUCAAGUCCAAGUUUCAUACCUCAUUGCACCGUUCUAGCUGGUUCGAAUUCUCCCGUUUCGGUCUCGCGAGAAAGUAGAAUGUCUGCUGUGACAAUUUCGUCGGCACCAUUCAGUAGCGAUGCAGAAGCCCUGAUUGCUGCUCCUCGAAUACUCAGUUCCAUUGAAGGACUCACGGAAGUGCCUGAAGGAGAACCGGUCCAUUUGGAAUUACGGGUUUCACCUCCGGGCGAUCUCCAGGUUCAGUGGUACAAAGAUGGACAUUCUCUCAGUGCAGGCUCCAGAUUCAAUACCAGCUGCGAUCGAGGACUGGUAUCAUUAGAUAUCAUCUACACAUUCCCUGAAGACAGUGGAUCCUACGAAUGCACCAUCGCGAACCAUUUCGGCAUGGUCAAGACCAAUCCAGUUACCGUCAGCGUCAUGGCUGAGGUCGAGGCAGGCCACGAACAGGCUGAAGCUCAAUGGGCCGCACUGUACGCGACACCGAGCGUUCCAACACGCGAAUAUGAUAGGGAUGAACGCAGUCAGCCGAAACAAGUGCCGCAGUUUGCGCAGCAGCCCGUCAUCAGCAGUACAGACGUUCUGGAAGGCCAACCUGUACACAUUGAAGCACAACUUGUUCCGACAAGUGACGCUACACUUCAUGUAGAAUGGCUUCGUGACGGUGAGCCUGUUGGAACAGGAAGUCGCUUCAAUUGCUUUGUCGACCGUGGCCUAGUAAUAUUGCAAAUUGGCUACUGUCUUGCCGAUGAUAGUGGUCAAUAUGUUUGUGUUGCUUCCAAUGCCCUUGGACGUGAAGAAAGUCACCCGGUGGAGCUAAGGUGCAUACCGGAGGAGCGGGUUGUAACCAAAUCAAUACUGGAUCAACAGUCUAUUAAUCAUCUGCGGCAGCUUGAAGAAUUCGGGGAAGAACACAACCCUAUUUUGGAAGAGGCGAAACACGGUAUUCCACCAACCUUCAAGUCCGGAAUCGAGCCGCCGUCCAUUGAAGUACAUGAGGAUGAACCCGUUGCAUUCUUUGUCCCUGUAGACUGUGGCAAUGGAGAUCGAGUGACAGUUGAAUGGCGCAAGGACGGUGAAAUCGUGACUACUGGUUCGCGCAUCACUGGAAAAAUCGAGCUAGGUGUAGCAAGUUUAAAGAUUCAUUAUGCACAGCCUGGUGAUGCUGGAACCUACACUUGCCACAUUUCAACUGAGUAUGGAAAUGCUGACAGUCAACCGGCGACGUUGCAUUGUGAGGCUUCGGGAACGAUCAUUGCAGCAAGUCAGCUCCCCGGUGACAAGGAAAAAGGCUUGCAAGCGAUUGAAGCAAUUGAAGCCAUUCUCCAUGCGCCCAGAGGAGCCGCAUUUGAAGAAGAUGGCCCAGUAGAAGCCCCAUGUAUAGUGCAAGAUCUUCAACCGAUUGGCGACGUCGAAGAAGGAAUGUCAGUGCACUUUGAAAUACAGUUUGAACCUGUCAGUGAUCCAUCUCUAGUUGUCACCUGGUACAAGGACGAUCAACUUUUGAGCACCGGUACACGCUUCCGUGUGAGCAACGAUCGCGGGUUGGCUACACUUGAAUUGUUGCAUACUAUUGCAGAAGACAGCGGAGAGUACUGGUGUCGGGUUGAAAACGUUUCUGGGCAUGUUGACAGCCAUCGCUCUCCCCUGAACUGUCUCGAAGGUGUGUCUGUGAUCACUCAGAGCAACCUGUUACAAGGAUCAGAAGGAUACAAUUUGAUCAAGGCAAUAGAGGAGGCAGACUUACAAGUCAAUGGCGAGUUUCAGUACGUUGAAGAGGAGCAGCCCGAUUGUGCACCGCAGUUUGAUGUGAAACCACAGGCGGCAACAAUAACACAGGCGGCAACAAUAAGUGAGGGUUCGCCGGUACGAUUCCUUGUACGUGUCAGUGGAAAGCCUACGCCCCAUCUAGUCUGGUAUCUGAAUGACGAGCCUGUUGAACAGGAUUCCGUCACUCGGAUAUACAGUGACGGUGCCAUAAACUACUUAGAAAUGGGCCGCUGUCCAGCUCUACAAGGUAGCAAUCAACUGCGAGUGGUGGCUGAAAACUCACUUGGUCGAGCAGAAGCAGAAACCGUGUUAACUGUUGUCCUUGCCGAGGACUAUCGACCUGGUCUGAAGCACGUCCAACCCGAAAAUCCUUUCAAAAAGAUGAUGGGAUUGCGUAAAGUCGACUGCACACCGGAGUUGAACAAAGCCCUAUCAAGAACAAAGCCAUCCGCGCAGGCAAUUAUGGAGAUGGAACGAGGUACGGAGAUGAAAGCCAAGAUGUAUCGCUCCCCGGAAGUUAUUGAAGCCGAGAAGAUGCUCGACCAAUUGGCAUUGAACCUUCGUAAAUCGGAAGUCAAACGCCCUAUCCAGGCAAACCACGAACAGUAGACUCUGGAGUGCCAUCGUCCCACUGUCCAUACUAGUGAUAGACGUAUUCAAGCAUGCUUUUGGGGAAGAUACGACCUCAAGGCAAACCACGAACAGUAGACUCUGGAGUGCCAUCGUCCCACUGUCCAUACUAGUGAUAGACGUAUUCAAGCAUGCUUUUGGGGAAGAUACGACCUCAAGGCAGAUCACUUCAUCAAAAGUUCAUUUCAUACUGCCGUGUUAUAUUCAACAAGUCCAAAAAAACAUGAAACCGACUGAAAAAGAUGCGAAUAGGAUCCUGGAUUGGACGAUCGCACUCUUAUGUUUC